CAACACCAGUCAGGUCAGUCGUGAGCAGAUUUCGUGUGAAAAGAUGGCCAGCAGCAACAAAAACGUCGUCAGGCUGCUCAUCUCGCGGAAAAGUUAGGAUUUCGAACACUUUCGGUGCGUUCCGCGACCUGUAAAUACGCUCAACCGGUAGUGGCCGCGACGGUGCAGCGGGUGUGACCGGAGUGCGGUCCGGAAUCGGUGCGUUUCGACGGUACAAUCCGGAUUUAAAACGAGGGGGCCUUGGCAGGAAGGCAGCAGCGAAAAAGAAGGCCCCUUUCGAAAAAAAAAGAGAAGCAAAAAAUUAGUCAUCCUUCGGACGGUCGGACGGAGGCAACGACGACGGCGAGAAGAGUUUGAAGGAAUUUGCCCCAGCAGCAUCGUCAAAGAUCUGAGGUCGUGCAAAGUGAAGUGAGCCUUGGGAGCCCGAGAAGGAGAUAGAAAGUUUGUGUUGUGCCCUCUGUGUGAAUGUGUGUUUGUGUAAUUUGGGCUUAGAAGAGUGCCCCCCAAACAAGAAGAGUAAAAGGCAUCUUCCCCCAGCACGGAUCAGCAUCGUUGACCUCUCGCAGCGGAGCGGGCUGAGCCACCUUUCCCUGGAAGGGGCGGCGAGAAGGAGCGAUUAAAAAGAUGGCUUACAUCAAUGUGGCGGAAUGGAGCAGCGACCAGGUCACGGAUUGGCUCAAGGGCCUGGACAACUCAAUGUACCACUACGUGCAGUCCUUCACGAACAACGAGGUCGGCGGCAAGCAGCUGCUCAACAUCCGACCGUACGAGCUCGAACAGCUCGGGAUGCUUUCGAUAGGGCACCAGGAGAUUGUGCUGGAAGCGGUGGAGUAUCUGAAGAACUUUAACUACAACCUGGACAAGGAGAACCUGCAGUUCCUGGCGUUGCACGUGGCCUCGGCGUCGCAGUCCCUGUCUAAGCAACUGAAAUACUCGGACCAAACCAAACUCGAAACUCAGAUACUGAAGGAUAUUACGCGCACGGUUGCGGCGCUCAAACCGUUGAUCGGAUGGCUGGACCGGGUUCCGUUUAGAGGUCAAAAGCAAUUUGACGAGCUGCGCACGAGGAUCAUGCAGCUGGGGCUGGAGAUGGCCACGAUGGCGAUGCGAGAUCGGUUCUCGGUCAAGCCUGUUGAAUCGAUCUGCAGCACCGCGGACAAGCUGGGCAAGAUUGCGGACUACAUCAUCCAGGACAUCUCGGACCCGAUGGUGCUGCAGCCGGCCUCGCUCGAGCUGGUUACGCUCAAGAAGCGCGAGUCCGACCUGGGCUUUCUGAUUAUGCCCAGCCUGAACGGGAUUCACAGAAUCGCCGAGAUAAAGUUCAACUCCCCUGCACACAACUCGGGCAAGGUGGAGGAGGGCGACGAAAUCGUCCAGAUCAACUACCAAACCGUGGUCGGUUGGGAGUACAAAAAGGUGCUGGUGCAGCUCCAGGAAUCUCCACCGGACGUCCUCCUCACACUCAAGAAGCGCCCCAAACACACAAAAAUCUACGGCCAAAUCUACAUCAAACCCUACCGCCUCCCAAGCAAGAAGCGCUCGCUGCCGUACCGCUGGGGCGAAAGUCUGCCCAGUCCACUAGCUCUGCAAGAUUUCAGCCUGCCGCUGGCGCGCGUCCCCGAGAAGCCCGUCUCGUCCGACUCGGAGUCGGAAAACAGCGACAUCCUGACGCCGACGGACGUGAAAAAAUCCGACAAGGACAUCCGGCUGUACCUGCCGAAGCCGCGGGCCGUCCUCCAGCGGCGCCACACCCUGUCCAGCUUCAAGGAUCUGGUGAGCGUUUCGUUUUGGCACGAGCGCCAGAGCAAGCUGCUGUCGGCGGAUCCGCAGAGCCUGCGCGACAAGUCGGUUUCGUUCGGGUUCGGGCUGGAGAUGUCGCUGCCGCGGCCGACGACCUGCCUGGGGAUGGUGAAUGGGGCCGGUGGGGUGGGUGGAGUUGGCGGGCAGGGGAAAUUUAACAGCUUUGGAGGGUUGAAGGGGAGUUUGCCGGAUAUGGUUCCGUCGGAGAAGGGUGGGACGGGGGAGAAGGUUGAGGGUGGUGAGGAUGGUGAAGAGUACAAACCGGGUAUUUCUAAGGUGGUGCGGUUCGAGUCGAACAUGAAGUUUGAGGAGUGCCAUGUGGACACGAAGUACACGUGCAACGUGGACAAUACCGUGCUGGAGACGUUCGAGCCGAUUCCGUACGUGGACGAGGAUCCGCCGGUGGGGCAGUCGGUGAACGAUCGCGUCAAGCAGUUUGAAUCGAUUGCGUGUAAAAAUGGCACGGAAGGUCCGUCGAAACCGGUGCCGGUUCCUCCAAGAGAAAAUGCAGCGAGUAGCGGGACUAGUUCGAGCGGUCGUCCGGUAACGAAACCCAUUCCAAUGCAGAGGCAAAUUUCGCGCGAGACGGAUAUCGCCGAGGCCAUCAACACGGUGCUGAUCAACCGGGAAAUGGUCAAGCGUGGCCGGUUGGACAAAAGUUACAGCACUCCGGCGUACGACGACGAUAUCCCACCCGCGAUCGAACCCCGCAAGGAGCACCUGAUGAAGGCUCCCCCGGUUCCACCACCACGCCCGAAGAAGACUCUCGAAUCAAACAUCAAUCUAGUUCCGGAGAAGCCACCACCGCCGUCCCCCGCCGAUCUAGGUUUCGUCAGUCCCCAGCAAGCAUCCACGUCGGGUUCAGAACACGGCGACGACAACAAAUCCAAACUCGCCAACCUGGUAGACUUGAAGCCGACUCGUCAAGACCCUCCACAACCCACCCCUCCUGCGGAACAGCAGCAACCGUUCGUGCUACAACCUCCUCCGCGCCCAGCCGAACGCAUGAUGUCCCCACCGCGGCGGAUUCCCCCGGCACCAGCAGCCACCAAACACUUUCUCGAAGGAUCGCUCGAAAACACUCCGUCGGAACUGUUCACCCCGAACAAAACGAAGAGUCUCACGCUGAAGAAGAAGAACUCGCUGCUUUCGAAGCGGCGCAACGUUUCGCUCAAGACGCUGUGCGUCAGUGACAUUCAGGGUCAUCUGUACCGGAGGACGAAGGACCGGAGCGGGUUGGCGUACUGGGCCAAGUAUUACUUUGUACUGAUCGAAACGACGCUGUACGGGUUCAAGUCGAAGGACUCGCACAAGGCAAACAGCAUGAUCUUCCUGUCGGGUUUCACGAUUUCACUGGCCAAAGAGGUCCACUCGAAGCCGUACGCGUUCAAGGUGUACCAUCCGAACAAGACGUUCUACUUUGCGGCGGAAACGCAGGAAGCGCUCGGCCAGUGGAUGGAUUUCAUCAAGCAGGCAACGAUGAAGGGCAACAACAACGCCCCUGGGAGUUGCUCGGUGGACCACAGUGUGAAGGAGCUGUUUUCGGAGACUGACAGUUCCGAGGACGAGUUCAGCUUGAUGGACAGCCAAACCAAGCUGAAUCUGCUCUGUACGCCAUCGCCGCAGCUGUCCUCCUCGUUAGGACGAAGUUCCGAGCGGGCGUUUCACUCCGGUGAUGGCACGCCAACGUCGUCCAAGCAGUCCGACAAAUACCACCUGAACUUUGGCUCGCUCAAGAAAUUCACCAAAAGCAAUCCUUUUAGCUCGGACGGACCGUCGGCGGGCAGCAGCGCAAGUGGUGAGAGCAAAUUUUUCGGAUUUUUUAGCUCUCACAAACACGUAGAAAAAUCCAACUCGAGCGAAAUGCCCGUCCCGACGUCGCAGUUUCGCAGCUACCGAAAGGUCCCGGGCGGUUCCAACGGCGGGCUCCAGAUUGGCACGGCCAACGUGACACACGCACCACUGGACAGUGCCUCGGAAAGCAUGACCGCGAGCAAUCUUUCCCUAGCAUCGACCGGUCCCCCGGUAAUGAUCCAUCAUCAACCCCCUCCCCCACUGACUCCCCAAGAGGACAAACCAACCCCGAUUAUCGUCGAGCCACUCCCGUCGGAACCGUCCACUCCCGUGCUCAGCGAUGAACUCCUUAAUUGUGCCAAGAAAAACAAACGGAUUUCACCCCACAACUUCAUCCACGCGUCCAACCCGAACCUGGUCGAGUUCGACUUCCAGACGGUCAAAGGGAUGCUCCAAACCACCUGGGACAGCAACCCAUCCUCCCACGGCAACCUCCACUCGAUGAUCACCCUAAAAGACCUCAUGCUGCAGAAGCAAGCGGAAGAAGCGCAAGACAUGUACAACAAGCGGGUCUGCCUCGGAGUCGAACGCCUGGACGAUCGCGGAAGCUUAAAAAAGAACCUUGCCAAAACCUCCGAAACCAAGCCGGAAAAUCACGCCGUCAACGUUCCCGAGUCCGUCAACAAAAUCCAAAAGCGACGACUCCCGGUCACCCCCGACUACGCCCAAAGCUUCAAACUGGACGACCAGGACAUUGUGUACACGCGCAGCAAGGAAGGUCAAAAGCUACGCGACUUUGGCUACGAACUGAUCUCCGGCGACGACGCGUUCGGCGCCGUACUCGGAAACACCUCCAGCGCAAGCAGCACCACCGAACCAAAACCCCGCACCGAAGGUGGCUCAAUCAAAAAGAAGACCCGCACCUGGAUCAGCGCCGAUCGCCGCAACGAGGAAUCCUCCUCAUCCGACCGAUCCCUCCGGGACAGCUUCAAAAAGUCCAAAAACAAAGCCGUCAUCGCCAAGUUGGACAACAUCAAGGCCAGCAGCGAAAAGCUCUUUCAGUUCAAGCACAGCAGCAACAACGACAAGGAAUCGCUCAAAACAAAACAGCUAGACAAAACAACGCCCGCGUUGAACGCGGCCAUCAGCAAAAGUCACCCCCAAACGCCCCAACUCUUCACCAACGAGCCCACCUUCUUCACAACAACCACCACGAGCAGCAUGAUCGCAAGCAGCAGCUCAACGGCGACGGGGUUCGUCCCGGGCGGCAUAAAAAAGUCCAACACGUGCUCGUCCGACUUUAAGGAGAACGCGGCGAAGGUGCCGAACGCGAGGAAAAAUUCGGCGCCCGAGCGGAGUGCGUCGUACUUUACGAAGCUGUCGUUUAGUGGGGGGUCCUCGAGUGGGAAGACGGCCAAGGAGAAGAAGCUGCUGGGGUCGCCGGGGCUGCACCGGGCGUUCUUCGGCAAGAAUCAGCAGCCGGCCGUGAUUGAUCACGAGGUGUUUUCGCCGAUUACGUAUACCAAGCAGAGCAACCUCCCGGCGGACGAACGGUCCAACUCGACGACGAUGACCAGCACGAUCACCGUCGGUGGGCUGCAGUCGACCAUGAUGACGACCACCACCAGCAGCAGCACGACCACAACCAACGGCGGAAGCGGCCCCGGAAGCGCCACCUCCAUCCUAACCAGCAGCAACCUGUCCAACCGGGGAACCUCGCCGGACUAUCCCAACAUGGAGUACCCGCCGGUGUUCGAGGCGGAAACGUACUCGCUCACCGAUCCGGGCAUGACGCUGCUCAAGCGACGCCAAAAUCACUCCAGCCAGAAAUGACGAACGACGGGACGGGGCAAACGGCGGCUGGCCACCCUCCGGGAGCACGAGUGCUGCGGGUAAGUUCGGAGAAAGACAUUUGUUUGUGCCACAUUACUACCUAUUACAAAUCUACUACUUAUCACAUGAAACACCUCGCAGAAAGAGGUGUGUGAUCAUCAUUACAACAUGCUACAAAACAAAAAGUAAGAAAAUGAAAGAUAUUAUCUUGUAAUCUGUUAUACAAAAUUCCGAUUGAUCAGAAGGUGCUGUACAAUGUGUAUGUGUGAACGUAUUUUUAAAGACUUGUUACUGCGUAGUUGUAUGAUAGAAACCGCGAGAAAAAAAAAUUAUCCCUUAUUUAUCAAACUAUUUUCGUAGCGCCGUGUAGAAAGAGAUGAAAAUAUUUUUUUAAAUUCAAAAGUCGAAGAUUUAUAUGAUUUGCAUGUUUAUAAACCGCAAAAAAUAAUACAUCAAUUGUGAUCCUAAUAGUUAUUAAAUUUAAAAUUUAUUGAAUAUUGGUAGAAAAAUAAAAAAUCAAAUGGGAAAUCCCCUCCUAAUUCCCGCAUCGACUUAUGAGAGAAACAACAAACAUCAUUAUAAACCAAGUUUUUUAAUUGAUUAGAGUUUUAUUAGACGCCUCCAACAAAUAGCUGCGAGAGUAAACUCCCCGCUCUAUAAUAUUUGUAUAAGCAUUAAGCAUCUACUUAUAUAAACAACAAAAAAACCAGACACGAUAUUUCACGAACCCUUUGAUAUGAUGAUGCGUAAGAGACGGAGGAGCGGCUCGGAAAGUCCGAAACAUUCCGUGUGAGGGAGGGAGUGUGGGAGUGAUGUGAAAAACGAUGAAACACCAGAAAGUAGAACCAAUAUAUUAUAUAUAAAACUAUUUAAAACAACACAGCAUAAAACGUGUUUGCCAAAACCGUGUUAUUCUAAUACAGCGCGAGCAAAACCGCGAGCUCACACAACCUUCUUAUGGCUAGAUUUAACAGUGUGUAGGAUUGUGUCCCCUAAAGACAGAUAGUGUGCCUUAUUAGUGAUUGAGUUAAAACUGUAGGAAAUAAAGUGGUUGAACGUUAUAAGUUUA